UUAGCAUAUCUGAUUUGCAGUAGUUAAUGAUGAAUGGUUCAGUAAUGUACAUAUGCUUGUGUUUACUUCUAUUUCUGUGUGUGACAUCAUCCUUCAACAGACCGAGGAAGUCCAGAUCAAAAUCUAAGUACCCGGCAACACGUAGGCUCCUGCUGAAGACCAAACUUCUUAAGAAGGCAGAGAGUCUCCUUGUCAAAGAAAAAGAGCAGAAGAAAAUCGACCGAGACAAUGCUUUGAAUGAGAGAGUUCCUCCUCUAAAGCUCUCAGGACUCUCAGUAAAUGAGCUUCAGGAGCUUUGUAAAGAUUUGCACCAAAAGAUUGACAUUGUGGAUGAGGCUCGAUAUGACCUUUCGGUAAAAGUGGCCAGAAAUGAUUCAGAGAUUCAAACACUGCAGCAGAAGAUCUACGAGCUGAAGGGAAAAAUGAGCAGACCUAAACUGAAGAGAGUGAAGAAGUCGGCAGAUGACAAGUUGGGAGCCCUGACAGACAUCAAGCUCAUGAAGGCCGACUUCAAAGCCAACUUGAAGACAGUGAAGAAGGAGGAGGAAAAGAAAGAGGAGGUGACAGACUGGAGGAAGAAUGUGGAAGCCAUGUCUGGGAUGGAAGGCAGGAAGAAACUUUUCAAUGCCGGACAGUGAACCAACAACGACCUGUUGUGCUUUUACAAUAUUUAAUGUUUAAUGGGAAAAUAUUUGAUUCAUUAGAAAUAUUUCUCCUAAAGGACUCUGUAUGGAUUUCUCUUGAUGUGUUUUGUGUGUCUGUGUCUGUUUUUUGUGGUGAUUGUUGAAUAUUCCAAAAGGCAUUUAUGCCUUGUGUAGAGUAAUGAGUGUUGAUUUAAAGCUAAAUUAUGGGGCCUAUUACCAGGAGAGAUGGAUAAGAUGGAAAAACAACAUAAUAUUCCUAUCCUACCAACUAUGUAAAUAUUUGAUUCAUAUUCAGUGUGAUUAACCUGAAUAAAUUUACUCUGGUUUCCUCACCAAAUGUCUGUUGAUUUGAUCAUAUACCUGAAUAUGUUUAAAUCCGGUUAUAUUUAAACACACAGACAAACUCUUAGUUUUCGGUUUCCUCCUAAAUCCCAACUAAACAUGGCGAGAGGUAGAUUUAUUCUAAACUGCCACUGCACAUGAGAGUGUGAAUAUUCAUGCUUACUGUCCUGCUAUGAUAUAUUGUCAUAUCAUGAAUAUACUCCUGCUCACUACCAGUGUUCUCGGGAUAGUUUCCACAUCCAACACAUUUCUAUAUUAUAUACACCAUUCAGAAUUCAUCAAUAUCUUAACCUAUAAAUGUUUUAGUACACAUGUCAACAAAGUUAGAGUAUAUUGUCAUAUUGUAUACUGUCUAUUAAAUAUUUAUAGAUUA